AGCUGACCUGUUUGGUCAUAGAGGAAUUCAUUUUGCCAUGGCAGAUUCGGACCCCGACGAAAAAGCAAAACCAGAAGCUCAAGCACAAGAGCAAGAGGAUGACGAUGGGGCCGGUGGAGGCAACAUCAAAGGGCGAGGUCUCCGAGCCUUCCAGUCCGAGAAGGAUGAGGAGCCUGCCAGCACCAAGGCCGAAGCUGAGGAGGCCCCGGCAGCCAAAACAAAGGCUGAGGAUGAGGCACCAGUAAAGAAGAAGGAAGAUGAGGUUGAAGCACCGCCUGCCAAAAAGGCACGUGGCCAACCGGCAGAGGUCAAGCUCAAUCCUCCUUCAAAGCCGAUCUCAAGAUGGUCAGACAGACUAAGCUUCGAGGAGCAGCUGGAAGACUUCAUGAAAAUGAAACGACGGGGCAUGUAUAAUCGCUACCUGGUUCUUGGCAAAUUGCCGCCAGAGUUGCGCACAGGGGAGAACAUUUGGCGACUCAUGCAGCCAGUGCAGAAGGACAUUGUCCAGGUGGAAAUGCUGACUUGCUUCGGCAAGCCGGUGGCGCAUGUGACGCUGCGCAGCGCCACUGCAGCUGCAGCGAUGCAUCGCUUGUGCGAGCAGCACCACAAGAAUCUCACAGUCGCCUUCGCGCCUCCCCGAAAGGCCACACCGACAUUGUGGCUGGGCAACGUAGAUGACUAUGUCCCACGCAAAUCAUUGGAGAGCCUGUUGGCAACGUACGGCAAGGUUCUCCACGGCCUUCGGUAUUUGCCAGCUCGUACCUGCGCCUUUGCCACGUAUGCAGAGGUGUCGAGCGCGAUUAGCGCCAGAAAUAGCAUGUACGGGCUGGAAGUUCAAAAGAACCAGUAUUUGAACAUCGACUUUGUCGAUGAUGUAGAUAGUCAAGCAGCCCCGCCAGAUGCGUUCGGCAUGUGGGGAGCUGCGCCGGCACCGUGGGCGCCGCCGCCCUGGGGCAUGCCUGGCAUGCCGCCUUGGGGUCCACGCCCCCCAUGGGCACCGCCUCCAGGCAUCGCUGGGCCCUGGGGCAUGCCGCCUCCAAUGGCCGGCGGACCAUGGCGUCCUCCACGGGAUGGUGACCAUUGGAGGAACUCCGAGCCUUGGGGUGCCGUGCCUGGCGCCCGCCUAGUGGAGCGCUCGAAGAAGGGCCGCGCGCGGCAAGAGUCAGCUUCAAGCCCGAGGGAGGCCUCAGCUGACCAGCCGCGUAAGAAGAAAGACAAAGAGGGUGCCAAAGCUGCAGAGCCAGACGCCAGGGGUGCAAAGUCCAAAGUGAAGCUCUACAAGAUGGGAGAGUUUUGCUGCAAUAUCGUGGCCAACUUUGUCAAAGGCAAGGAGUCUCCGGAGUCCUUGACAAACAAGCUGCAAAUUGAUCAGCGAACAAAGAUUGACCAUUGCCGAGCUCACAUGGAAAGAGCUGGGCCACUGGCGACUGUAUGGCACUUUUCCGCAGCGGACAGGCGUGAUUGCGCUGCGUAUGACGCACUGUGUGAUUACUUCGUGGAGAAGCAACGCGUAGGGCUGGUGCAGACGCCCAGCUACUACAUCUACAUAGUCCCACCCACUGAGAAGUAUUUGAAGGAGCUUAGCCUGCCAGCUUCAAACUUUGUGGUGGGAUUGCAGAUCCCGAUCAAGAAGUAACGUGUGCUAUCUUAGCUGGGCAAGUAGCUUAUGGCUCCGCAUUGCUCAAGCA